GGCCGCUUCCGCGGGCGCCGGCGCCGGAAGCGGAGAUGCGUCACAGGGGCGGACGGCGGCGGUGGCGGCGGCGGCGGGUCGUGUUGGGGGCGCCUCCGGUGGACGGUCGCGACGCCGGGCGGGGAGGCCGCGCCUGCCAGGGUCGUCGGGGGCCCGCGGAGAGCUGGGGCCAGGGCGGCGGCGGCCUGGGACGCAGGCGGAACCCCGCGCCGGCCCGAGGUCCCGGCUAUGGCUGCGGCUACCAUCGUGCAUGACACGUCCGAGGCGGUGGAGCUGUGCCCUCCCUACGGCCUGUACCUGAAGCCCAUCACGAAGAUGACCAUCAGCGUGGCGCUCCCGCAGCUGAAGCAGCCGGGCAAGUCCAUCUCCAACUGGGAGGUGAUGGAGCGCCUGAAGGGCAUGGUGCACAACCACCAGUUCUCCACGCUGCGCAUCUCCAAGAGCACCAUGGACUUCAUCCGCUUCGAGGGCGAGGUGGAGAACAAGAGCCUGGUCAGGUCCUUCCUGGCCUGCCUGGACGGCAAGACCAUCAAGCUCAGCGGCUUCUCCGACAUCCUCAAGGUGCGCGCCGCCGAGUUCAAGAUCGACUUCCCCACCCGCCACGACUGGGACUCCUUCUUCCGGGACGCCAAGGACAUGAACGAGACGCUGCCGGGCGAGCGGCCCGACACCAUCCACCUGGAGGGGCUGCCCUGCAAGUGGUUCGCCCUGAAGGAGUCGGGCUCCGAGAAGCCCAGCGAGGAGGUGCUGGUCCGGGUGUUUGAGCGCUUCGGGGAGAUCCGCAACGUGGACAUCCCCAUGCUGGACCCCUACCGCGAGGAGAUGACGGGCCGCAACUUCCACACCUUCAGCUUUGGGGGCCACCUGAACUUCGAGGCCUACGUGCAGUACCGCGAGUACGCGGGCUUCAUCCAGGCCAUGAGCGCGCUGCGCGGCAUGAAGCUCAUGUACAAGGGCGAGGACGGCAAGGCCGUGGCCUGCAACAUCAAGGUUUCUUUCGAUUCGACCAAACACUUGAGCGACGCCUCCAUCAAGAAACGGCAGCUCGAGCGGCAGAAACUUCAGGAGCUGGAGCAGCAGCGGGAGGAGCAGAAGCGCCGGGAGAAGGAGGCGGAGGAGAGGCAGAGAGCCGAGGAGAGGAAGCAGAAGGAGCUGGAGGAGCAGGAGCGCGAGAGGAGGCGGGAGGAGAAGCUGCGCAGGCGGGAGCAGAGGCAGCGGGAGCGGGAGCUGCGGCGCGGCCAGCGGAAGCUGGAGAGGCUGCAGGCAGAGGAGCAGCGGAAGCUGCAGGAGAAGAUCCGGCUGGAGGAGCGCAAGCUGCUGCUGGCGCAGCGCAACCUGCAGUCCAUCCGGCUCAUCGCCGAGCUGCUGAGCCGCGCCAAGGCCGUGAAGCUGCGGCAGCAGGAGCAGCGGGAGGAGACGCUGCGGCUGCAGCAACAGGAGGAGCGCCGGCGGCUGCAGGAGGCGGAGCUGCGGCGAGUGGAGGAGGAGAAGGAGCGCGCGCUGGGCCUGCAGCGCCGGGAGCGCGAACUGCGGGAGCGCCUGCUCAGCAUCCUGCUCAGCAAGAAGGCGGACGGCGCCCGCGCACCCGCGGGCCUGGGCGCCACACACGCGCACCUGCUGCAGCCGGUGCUGGACAUCCUGCACACCGUGUCGGCCGGCUGCGCGGGCGCCGCCCCGCCCACGCCCGGCGCCCCCCGCGAGGCCCCGCCCCGGCCGCCGGCUGCCGGCCCCGCCCAGAACGUGAACGGUGGCAGUGCAGCUGCGGACGAGGCCCCGAGCAAGGAGGGGCAGGAUCCUCGCCGGGUCGCCCCCGACGACGGCCCGUCCGAGAAGAGGUGCCCCGGCGUCCUCGCCUGCAUCCCCGACAACAACCAGCAGCCCAAGGCCGCGCCCGCCACCUGCGAGCAGAGCGCGCCCAGGAAGGACGCUCGCUCCGAGCAAGACAAGUGCAACCGUGAGCCCAGCGGGGGCCGCGGCCGGGCCAGCGGGGACCGGGGCAGCGACGACAGGCCCAAGCGGGAGCGCAGCCGGCCGCGGCGGGCGGGCAGCCGGGAGGACGCGAGGCCGCACAAGGAGGGGCGGCCGCACAGGAAGCGCUCGCACCAGGACGGCAGCCCCCGCCGGCGCAGCGCCAGCCCCGAGCGCGAGCACGAGCACGAGCACGGCCGGUCGCGGAGGUCCCACAGCAGAGACCGGCACGGCCGGCGGGAGAGGAGCCGGGACCGGGACCGCAGGGGCAGCUCGGGCCGGAAGCGCAGCCGCCACCGACGCAGCGAGAGGUCGCGCUCGGGCUCCCCCAGCCGGCACCGCAGCACCUGGAACAGGUAAUGCACGGAGGGCCCAGGCAGCCAUCCCGGAGGACCAGGACGGGGGGGGGGGCGCACGUCCUGCUGCUGCUCGCUGCCCCCACGCCCCAGCACACCCAGGGAGCCCCCUGGUGAGGAAGGCACUGUCUCCAGCCUCCUUUUCUUCGUGGCCGUGGGUCUAGUUCAGAGGCAUUGUCCCUGGUUACGAGCUUUCGUUUCCCUUAAAACUGUUGAUCCAAUAGCUUUAAUGUCAGUAGUCCUCUCUGAAUCAGGAGGAGCACGUAGGCCACCAGCCGUGAGAAUUGCAGACCGCCCCACCCCGGGCACACAGGCUGGCAGCGCCGAAUCCCUGCAUCUGCUCGGAGACGCCUAUCGUACUCACUUCACGGGAGCCGCCUGUCGCGUCACGGGGACGGACUGUCCGGUGUCGCGGCCACAGCCCCACGGGGCAUGGAAAAGAGGAAGCUUCGCCCUGCGGGUGUUUUUCUAUUGUUUGGUUUUUUCCCUCUUUUGUAAGUUUAACGGAUUGGGAACAAAGUUUGGGUGGGAUGCUAAAGGAAAAUGGCUCUGGUGCAUUUAAGUCAUCGUUGGGGAAGCAAGCUGUAGGUUCUGCAAUGCGGAAACUCAGACGUGCCGUCUUUGUAGGUGUGGGCAGGUGCAGAAGUGGUACAGAGGGUCCCAGACACUCACUUUUCUACAAAUUCAAGUAAUUCAGCGUAAAAAAAAAAAAAAAGUUGAUUAAAAUUAGUUUUGGUUCCUAGUCAAGGUUAGCCUGUGUGGUUUUUUUAAGAAACCGUUUUGCUAAAUUAUUUUUACUUGGAACGUUUCAGAUUUAAUGCUGCAAACAUGUUAAAUUUUAUAAUCGUUGGCUUCUCUGAGUGAAGCUCAGAAAUACUUAAAAAAUAGCUGUAUCGUCCGCCUUAGGAGAGAUGGUGUUUAUUCCAGUUUGCAUUUUUAUGCUGAAAUAAAAUCCUUUUCCAAUGAA